UUUGUUCGUACGCGUCCUCCGCCUCUCCCUCGGGAGGCACCCUUCCAUAGAGCUUCGUUUCAUUCCUCCUCGCCGACUCCGCUUGCUUCGGUGUCCGAAAUAAUGGUUUUCUUCUUCCCCGACUGAUCUUUGGGGGUUUCCUUCUCGUGCUGGCUCGAACCGAUCCCUCGUAGGGAUCCGCGAGAGAAAUUUCUAGGGUUUCCUCCUCGCACGCCCCCAAAUCGAUCGGAGGACGACGCUGGCAGCAUGCCUGAUCCCUCCUCCGCCGUCUCCGCCCCAGUUGCUGCGACCGCGCCCGAGAAGCCUACGCCGGAAGCCGUCGCGACAGCCUUUGAGGUGGCCAUCGAUCUGGAAGCGGAAUCAACAAAUGGAGAAGGCGCAGCAGACAAAGAUGCGGCGCAGAGCUUGGCGAUCGAGGUUACAGGAGCGCGAAAUGGAAUUGGAGGCUCGGGUCGUGCAGUUGACGUUGAUGCGGAAGUUGCUGCAAAGGUGGGAGCACGAGAGAUGGUAACGGAAGAGAAUGUCGAUAUGACCGAUGUGGGCGAGGCGAAGGUUGUCAUGGAAGUCGGAGCAGAGGAUGCAGAGGUCGAGCUGCUCGAUGAAAAGGUGGCGGAUAAAGGUCACGUUCUUACUGCUGAGUGUGGUGCGGAGUCCGAUGCAGAUGUAGGUGGUGUCGGAGACCACGAUGUACAUGUGCAGGAACAAGAACCACCCGAAAGGAGGAAGAGAGGGCGGCCGCGGCUUGCUACCAUAGAGGAUGGUCUACAUGCUAGGUAUUUGCAUCCCUUUCAAGAUGAGAAGAAGGAUGGAUUCACGGUCUCGGACUUGGUGUGGGGUAAGGUGAGGAACCACCCUUGGUGGCCCGGGCAGAUAUUUGAUGAGGCGGAUGCAUCGGCAACGGCGUUGAAUGCUCAGAAGGAGGGCCGCUUUCUGGUAGUCUACUUUGGCGAGAAAACUUUUGCUUGGUGCGAUAAGUCCCACUUGAAGCCCUUCCAGACAUGCUUCACACAUUUGGAGAAGAAGGGUAGCCCAGAUGCAUUUGGUACUGCGGUAAAUGAUGCACUAGGAGAGGUUUCUAGGAUUAUAGAGCUGGGAAUGACAUGCGGUUGUUUAAGUGACGAAGCUUAUGCUAUGCUUAAGGACAGAAAGUUUCAGAAUGCUGGGGUUCGGGAAGGGACAUAUGGUUCUUCUGUUGACAAAUCUUGGAUCAUGAACUCUUUUGAACCCAAGAAAUUAAUUGACUAUGUGCGGAUUUUAGCUAUGUCCCCAUGUAGUGGAGCUGAUCGCUUGGAUCUGGUUAUAGCAAAAGCUCAUCUGAAAGCGUUUCGUCGAUCAAAUGGGCAUCUGGAACCUUGUGUAUUUGUCCUGGGUCAAGGGCUAGAGAAUGAUGAUGUGAGUUCACCAGCUAUGGCAAGAAAUCAUGGUGAGGACAAUGUUGAUUUGUCCGCUUUAGAUUCACCAGAUUCUGGUUCUUGGAAGCAGAAGCCAUGGGACAGUUGGGGAAAAUCUAGGAAGAAAUUUGUUUUGGAGGACCGUAGGAAAAAGAGGAGCUUGUCUGAGCUAAUGGGUGUGAAAAGCUUUACUUGUAAUGCAGAUGGUUUUAGAAGUGGGUCUGGAACAAGAGAGUCUUUGGGCUCAUCAGGUAGGAGACAAAAGGUUGAUAAUUCUUGUCCUGCUGUCUCAGGAAAGGGUAAGAUGAAAAAGCUCAACUCUCUUAGGGAUCUGACAACACAGUCUUCAAAUCAAACUAAACAGCUCAAGGUUCGAGGACGCAAUGGAUGGGUCAGAGGAGAGAGACUUCAAUCACCCACUAUGAUAAAAAAGAGUCUAGCCGACUGGAAACAUAGAAGUGCUGUUCCUGAUUAUCCUAAUGUGCAAGUGAGGAGCCCAAGAGUAAAAGAAGGUGACUUAACGGACUCCUCCUCUUGUGAAAUGCUCUCACAUCUGUGCUUAGCUGCAAGGAAUCCUCUUGAAACAUAUAGUUUCCUGGAUACAACUGUCAGGUUCUUCACUAAAUUCAUUGAUUGGCUGGUUUCUAGUUCUUCCGAGAAUAAGAGAUUGCCAGAUGUCAUUGGUGGUAAACAGAGUAGGAGAAGGUUGUCAAGAAUUAAGAAAGUCUCUUCGGAUUUGGCUACACCUGACUACAUUCAAGACUCAUAUUGGUCCGAUAUUAUUAUUUGCAACAACUUUGAUGAAGAACAUGGAUCUGAGGGUCGAAAAAGAAAUGGACGAUCGCGGGCAAAGAGACCGAAGAAGAAGAAGAGGAAGAAGCGCAAAGAGCAACCAAAAUUAUUCUUUUCAUCAGUCUCUAUGCCAAAGGCUGAACAAUAUCUGUAGAUUGGUUCUGCUAGUGUUAGCACUGUACAUGAAUUGGAGGCUGAAAGUCCCCAAGAUAAUUUAGAAGAGGAUGCCUAUGAUUGUAUUUCUGUUUAUGACAUAUGACCAUUGCCCAGCGGUCAGCAGUAUAGAUUUGGGUAGACAUGGACCUUAUUAGGAGAAAGAAGACAUUGUAUCUUUAAAAGGGAUGCUGAUGGAGAAAUUGUUUUCCAAUACUGAAGGGAAACAUAACAUCUUUGGGCAGCAAGCGGUAGCUAUAGGUUUAGGUAGUCGGAGAUAGUAUCAAGAUCCAAAUAGCACAUGACAGCAAUGAAUAUGCUUUAGAUUUUGGAUAUAGCAAUAGCUAUAAGGAUCCCCUCUAUUUUGUUGGUGCCACCAAGGAGUUAUUGAGAAGGGCUGGCUUGCGCAUGUUGUCAGUUGACGCUGGAGCUGCGUGAUAUGGUCAGUAGCCUAGCCUCUGGAGAUCAGAAUCAUUGAAUUUUGAAUUGGCACUGUCUCUCUGUAG